CUUCGGGUCAAUGCGCCUCAGAAUUCCCAACAGAACAUCAAUCAUCUCCCACGCUCAUUCCAUCUCUCAUCGACACAAGUUCUCCACCCAGCUGAUCCCUAACCCAGAACCCCUUCUGGCUUCAGAGAAUCAUUUAUAUACCCAUCUCUUGAAAGCCUGCUUACAACAAUGCAACCGGGUCAAGAAACACAACCUGUUCGACGAAAUGCCUCAGCUGAUUGCUCAUGCUUCAAAUACCGGAAAAAUUAUCCAUUCACUGAGCGUGAAACUUGGUGUUGGGUCAAAAGGGUCUCUAGGAAACGCCAUCUUAGAUCUUUAUGCUAAGUGUGGCAAUGUGGACUUUGCCGAGAAGGCGUUUAACCUGCUGGAGAAGAGGGGUGUAUUGGCUUGGAACUCGGUUCUGUCUAUGUAUUCAAGGCUGGGUUUGUUGGAACAGGCUGUUAAGUAUUUCGGGUUAUUGAUGAACUCUGGGGUAUUUCCAAAUGAGUUCACGUAUGCAAUCAUCUUGUCUGCUUGUGCAAGACUGGUGGGCAUCAAGUAUGGUAGGCAAGUUCAUUGUUGUGUUGUUAAGACAGGGUUCGAGUCAAUCACUUUCUGUGAAGGUGCACUUAUUGAUAUGUAUGCCAAGUGCAAUUGUGUGAGUGAUGCUCGGAAAAUAUUUGAUGGGGCUGUGGAUUUAGAUACAGUUUCUUGGACUGCCAUGAUUUCUGGUUAUGUUCAAGUUGGUUUGCCUGAGGAGGCGCUGAAAGUUUUUGAGGAGAUGCAGAAAUCUUGCCGUGUUCCAGAUCAGGUGGCCUUUGUGACUGUUAUAAGUGCGUGUGUCAAUCUUCGAAGGCUUGAUGAUGUACGUGAAAUGUUUGCGAGGAUGCCUAAUCCGAAUGUUAUUGCAUGGAACCUGAUGAUUUCAGGGCAUGCCCAGAAUGGUUGCUAUAUGGAAGCUAUAACUUAUUUCCUGAAAAUGAGGAACGCUGGAGUAAAAUCCACAAGGUCUACACUUGGAAGUAUUUUAAGUGCAAUUGCCAGUUUGAGAGCUCUAGAUUAUGGCUUGUUAGUUCAUGCUCAUGCAAUUAAACAGGGGUUGGAUUCUAAUGUCUAUGCAGGAAGUUCAUUGAUUAAUAUGUACGCUAAGUGCGAGGAACUGGAUGCUGCAAAUAAAAUAUUCAAUGCUUUAAAUGAGAAAAAUGCUGUCUUGUGGAAUGCAAUGCUUGGAGGUUAUGCACAGAAUGGGUAUGCCCAUGAAGUCAUCAAGCUUUUUUCUAACAUGAAAGGAUGUGGCUUUCGUCCCGAUGACUUUACCUACACUAGCAUUUUGAGUGCAUGUGCUUGCUUGGAAUACAUAGAAAUGGGCCGCCAAUUGCAUUCUUUUAUUAUCAAGAGUGGAUUGUCGUCAAACUUAUUCGUGGGUAAUGCAUUGGUUGAUAUGUAUGCUAAAUCUGGGGCUCUCAAGGAGGCAAGGAAACAGUUUGAGCUCAUAAGCAAUCGAGAUAAUAUCUCUUGGAAUGCAAUUAUUGUGGGGUAUGUGCAGGAAGAGGAGGAGGAUGAGGCUUUCUACAUGUUCCGUAGAAUGAAUUUAUCUGGAAUUGUUCCUGAUGAGGUGUCCCUAGCCAGUAUACUCAGUGCUUGUGCAAAUGUUCAAGCACUUAGGCAAGGAAAACAAAUCCAUUGUCUCUCGGUUAAAUCUGGUCUGGAAACAAGCCUUUAUGCCGCGAGCUCGCUUAUUGGCAUGUAUGUAAAGUGUGCAGUGAUUGGAGCUGCACACAAAGUUUUCUCUUCCAUGCCUGAGCGAAGUGUGGCCUCCAUGAAUGCUAUGAUUGCUGGGUAUGCUCAAAAUAAUUUGGAGGAAGCAAUAGAUUUGUUUUGUGAGAUGCAUGAAGUAGGAUUGAAUCCAACUGAAAUUACUUUCGCAAGCCUUUUAGAUGCUUGUAAUGGACCACUUCUGCUAACACUGGGAAUCCAAAUCCACUGCCUUACCGUAAAGUGGGGCCAUUUGUAUGGUGGUGACUUUUUGGGUGUAUCUCUUUUGGGCAUGUAUUUGAGAUCCCAUAGAAAAGCAGAUGCGUAUAUUCUUUUCUCAGAAUUCCCAAAUCCAAAAAGUAGAGUGUUGUGGACUGCUAUUAUUUCAGGGCUCACUCAAAUUGAUUGCAGUGAGGAGGCUUUGCAGUUCUAUCGAGAAAUGCGUAGCGAGAAUGUCCUACCUGAUCAAGCUACAUUUGCUAGUGUUCUUCGUGCAUGUGCUGUCUUAUCUUCUUUGACAGAUGGUAGUGAGAUCCAUUCCCUCAUUUUCCACACUGGUUUUCACUUAGAUGAGUUAACGAGUAGUGCUCUUGUAGAUAUGUAUGCUAAAUGUGGGGAUGUAAAAGGGUCUGUGCAAGUUUUUGAAGAAAUGGGUUGUAAAAAUGACGUUAUUUCUUGGAACUCUAUGAUAGUGGGCUUAGCCAAAAAUGGUUAUGCAGAAUGUGCACUUCAGAUAUUCAAUGAGAUGAAGCAAACACAUGUUAUGCCUGAUGAUGUCACUUUCCUUGGUGUUCUCACUGCAUGUAGUCAUGCGGGGAGAAUAUCUGAAGGCCAUCAGAUCUUUGACACAAUGUUGAAUUACUACUGCAUUCAGCCCAGAGUAGAUCAUUAUGCCUGCAUGGUUGAUCUUUAUGGCCGAUGGGGUUUCCUUAAAGAAGCGGAAGAAUUCAUUGACAAACUAAAAUUCAAACCCGAUGCUAUGAUUUGGGCCACAUUACUUGGUGCUUGCAGAUUACAUGGAGAUGACAUAAGGGGGCGGCGGGCUGCUGAGGAACUCAUUGAGUUGGAUCCCCAAAAUUCUUCAUCCUAUGUGCUACUUUCUAAUAUAUAUGCUGCAUCGGGAAACUGGGAUGGGGUUAACUUUUUGAGGAGGGCAAUGAAAGAAAAAGGAGUUAGGAAGUUCCCUGGAUGUAGCUGGAUUGAAGUGGGACAAAAGAAGGACUUAUUUGUUGCUGGGGAUAAGUCUCACGCCAGUUCUGUAGAAAUCCAUGAAACCCUGAAGGAUUUGACGGCACUAAUGAAAGAAGAUGAUUAUGUUGCUGAGACUGAUUCUUUCUUGCUUGAUGAAGGGUGAUAAAGGCUAUCUUAUAUCUAUCCUUGUCUUAGCAAACGCAAUGUCAAAAUCCUGCAUGUGUAUGCCAGAGCAGAGAACAUAAAUUGGUGAGAAGACAUUCCCAAGGACCAUUUGGCUUUGAGGCAGAAGUUGGCUGGACCGAUGUUUUGGAGGUCUAGAUCUGCAUGAAAUUCAUCUUCUCUGAUUUUACGUGUGGGUUGAUUGAUGAUAGUCAUGGAAGUCUGCCACCCAAGUGCAUCUUAUCAAUGUGGAGAGGUAAGAAAUUUCUUGAGGGCUCAAAUAAUGUCUUGCCAAAUAGAUGCUGCGGGAAAAACUGAACACCUUUUGAAUUUGAGAUGACUAUAUAGGAAGUCAGAUUGGUAAAAUCUUCUCUCUCGUGGUAAAAUAAGCACCAUGAAUAACA